AUGAUUUAUGAGUCGCAAGGAGGGCUAUCAACAUGUUAUCCAAAAUGCAAAAACGGUGGGGAAUGCCUCAGACCUGGAAAAUGCAGGUGUCCACCUGGCUAUGGGGGUAGAUACUGUCAUAAAGUAAGCUGUGAAGGAGGCUGUCAAAACGGUGGGGAAUGCAUCUCUGUCAAUGGAGUUGUGAAGUGCCUUUGUGCUUCUGGCUGGACAGGAUCAAGAUGUCAAGAAGCAAUUUGUCCUCAAGGAUGUCGGAAUAAUGGAGCUUGUGUAGCUCCUGGGAUUUGUAGCUGUCCAGCUGGAUGGGUUGGUGGAGCAUGUCACUUAGCUGUAUGUAAACUGCCUUGUCAACAUGGAGGAAAAUGCAUAGCUCCAAAUGUGUGCAGAUGUCGACUGCCGUACUCUGGUCUACAGUGUACAAAGAAAAGGAAGGAAUGAGGCGACUUCAGCAAAGAAGAGCUGCAUUUUCUUCAUGUAACUGUACAGAGAUGAAGUCUGCAGCAGUGGGGGACCUUAAAAAACUCAUGGUAAAUAGUUGAUUUCAGGUAGCUUUUUGUAUUCAGUAUAUUAAGUUAAUGCUUUUCUGAAUGAAAGAAAAGUAUUGCUGAUUGUAACAAAGCUGUUCUAAGUAUCCGAGUGUGUGUGGUGUAUGGCACAUGUUUUCUUCUGUUCUCGUUUUUCUUUGUAAGCAGAAGUUUUAAGUCUUGGUUGAGAACAGCUGACCUUGAAAUAAAAUUUACUCUUCAAAU